AUGAAGUUUGUCGGUGCGUUAGCUCUGCUCGGUCUGCUGGCCCUUUGCACGCUGGCCAGUUCCGAAUCGCUCGAGAUCGAUUCGUCACGGGUGAAGUCGAUCGAGGAGUUUGAUCGCUACUGGCGUCGUCUACCGGCCGAGAUGCAGUAUCUGCGAACCGCGGCAGAACCUCCGCGGCGUAUUACGAACGGUCAGCUUGCGGCGACCGGCCAGUUCCCGUACCAGGCGGUAAUUUACAGUGAUGUCGGCGACGGUUACUACAGCUUGUGCGGGGGAACCAUCCUCACGCAGAACUACAUCCUGACGGCGGCCCACUGCGUUACCAACGAUUUCGGCCAGGUUUUGCCGGGCGGCAUUGUCAUCCUGGGUGCGACGGACCGUGACGUCUUUCAGUCGACCCAGCAGCGCAUCCAGUUUGGCACGGCUGGCAUCCGCGUUCAUGCGCAGUACAAUCCGAAUAAUAUCCUGAACGAUAUUGCCACCGUCCGGCUGAACACUCCGGCCGCAUUCAACACCUACGUGCAGACGAUCGAUCUUCCGGCACUGUCCGACACGCGUCAGUUUGGAGGGGUGGAAGGGACGGCGUCCGGGUUCGGUCGUACCGCGGACAAUUCGGCACCCUCGUCGGUGCUGCGGUUCGUGCGCAAUCCGGUCAUGACGAAUGCGCAGUGCAAUCAGUACUGGAGUACGACCACGGUGCAGGCCCAGCACGUAUGCUUCGACCCGACCGGGGGACGCUCGGCAUGCCAUGGUGAUUCUGGCGGUCCGCUGACGGUGCAGGAUGCGGGCCGCAGUCUGCAGGUUGGCAUCGCAUCGUUCGUGUCGGCCAACGGUUGCACGUCCGGGGCACCGUCCGUGUGGGUGCGCGUUUCCUACUUCCGCGACUGGAUCCGCCAGAACUCGGACUAUGUGUUCCGUGCUUAG